AUGCCUUUACGGAAAAACAAUUUCCUUCGAUGUCCAUCAAAAGUGGUGGAAAGAAGGUCACAGAGACAUGGACCGCGGAGCACAAUUUACGAGCUCAAUGGAGAUCAAUACAAAGGAGAGUGGAAGAACGACAUGAAGCACGGGAUGGGACAACAGGUUUGGAAGUCUGGUGCCAACUACAUAGGAGACUGGAAAUAUGGGAAAUGUGAUGGAUAUGGCACAUACACCAAGGGGAAUCAGUUGUACAUUGGGGAGUGGAGAAAUGGGAAGAAGCAUGGGCAUGGUAAAUAUGCUUACAGUGAUUUAGCAUAUUACCAUGGGGAGUGGAGGAAGGGCCACCGCAGUGGCUGGGGAGAGAUGCACUAUGAGAAUGGUGACGUGUUUAUGGGGGAGUGGCUGUUGGAUAAGCGCCACGGAAGGGGCAUUAUCCGAUAUAUAGGUGGCGACUGGUAUGAAGGCGAAUGGCAAUAUGACGAGAAGCAUGGCAAAGGAAAGUUGUACUUUGCCGAAAAAGGCAAACAGUAUGUGGGGAUGUGGGUAAAUGGAGAGGCAAAAUGUGGAACCCUUACUGACUGUGAGGGAGUGGAAGUAGAAAAUGAAAUAGGAGCGGGAACCAGUAAUGAAAAAUUAGUGAUUCCAACUGCCAAAACACAAGAAAACAAAAACAAACAGGGGGACGAAGAGCCAAAAGAAACAGUAGAGGACGGCGGUAGUGCCACAUUAGAGUUACCAAGUGCCGAAACAUGCCAAGAAGAAACAAAUGAACAGACGGAUGAAGAGGCAAAAGAAGGCAGUAGUGAAACAUUAGCCGAAACGCUCCAAGAACAAAGUGAGGAGUAA